AUGCUGUGUCGCUGGUACGCCGUGCUGGUACUCGCUGGUAUUUUCCUGGUUAUCGAGGCGAUCGCGGUCAGCCAAGGUACGUUUACUCGCGAUCAGAGAGUUUUGAGCGGUAGUCUUGUUCAUGGGAGUCGCAACGUCAGCGGCGUGCCGGCAUUCGAAACGAAUGUGCCACGGAAUGUCACUACCGCAGUCGGUCAGACCGCCUUUCUUCACUGCAGAGUUUAUCAGCUGGGCGACAAGGAGAUGCAAGAAUUAGGUCUGCCUAGACAGCGAUUAUUACUACUGCGAAGUGGGACGCCAUUAGAUCGAUCGAACAAGCAAUUCCAUCUUAACAUAAAUUCGCGCACGUCGCUCAAAGUGACAAACCUAUGUCCUGAUUUAGUAUGUGUGCUGAAAGAGCAGCAUUCACUCUUGAUAAUCAAAGACGAGAAUGCCGAUUAG